AUGGAUCAGUGUCAGGAUAAAGAGAUGAUGCUUAAAGCUGUUGCACAGAGGAAGAUAAAACUUAUCAAAUUACUUCUUGAUGGAGGAGUAGAUGUGAACUUUCAGGGAUAUGACGGUAAAACACCAUUGAUAGUGGCAUGUAGUUUUCUGCAUCAAAACGAGGAGAGCGAUUCCAUGAUUAUGCUAAUCAAUUUACUUAUAAAAGGCGGCGCUAACAUAAAUGCCCAGGAUAUGAAAGGUCGUAGUGCACUUAUGUAUGCUGUACGUCAUGUUUUGGCAACUGAUAUAAUUCAAAUGUUAUUAGAUAACGGUGCAGAUCCAAAUAUACUUGAUGAUGAAGGACGAAAAACGUACUAUGACAUAAGAAGAAAUAUAUGGCCUAGAUGUAAAAGCAUUUUGAGAAAGUAUUGGAAGUCACAACAUGACACAAAUAUAACAGAAAACCAUCAUUACACUCAUGAUUUGCAAACGAUGUUGACAAAAAAAUGGUGA